CUACGUUUGAGUUGCGAGCGGAGCGCACGUCCCUCAUUCCUCUCUCCGACUACACACGAUCGCGAUUUAUACACGGAAAAUUAAUAACAAACGGAGCUUGUGUUCUGUGAUCUGAACUGGAUUUUCGGCGUACUAGUGCUCCUGUGGAUUAUAUGUACAAGUGACUGUUGAGUAAAUUUGAAACAAAUUCAAUUUCGAAGCACUGAACGGACUUUAACUUAAAUUGCAUCUGAUAUUCCGAGAAUAAGGUUUUGGCUGCAGACCUAAACAAAACCAUAAGCUAAUGAUUUGGAUUUCUGCAGCGUUAUAACAUCAAGCCUAUAAUUAGGUAGGUAUUAGGUGGCUCAUAUAUGAAAUGUUAUGGGCUCACGCGGCGUAGCACACUGGAGUUGGGUGGUAGUGGUGGCGUGGGCAUGGACGGCAGCUGCUCGAACAUUGUGUCCCCCGCGAUGUGCCUGCGACGAUGCGCUCAGAGCAGCCUCUUGCGCCAACGCAGGCCUCGAAAUUGUACCUAUACAACUAAAUCCAGAAGCGACCCACAUAAACCUCACCCACAACUCUAUCGACAACCUUCUCUACACCUUCGGUUUCUACACACAACUAACCAUCCUCGAUAUCUCCUACAACAGAGUACAAGACUUAGGUAGUAAAAAUUUUGAUAACAAUAUUGAGAUGACGCAUCUUAAUGUAAGUCACAAUGCACUAAGAAAAUUAGAUAAGGACACCUUUGUGGGGCUGAAGAGGCUUAUUGAUCUGGAUUUAUCGAAUAACGAGAUAUCCAUUAUACACGUGCAAACAUUCAAAGAUCUCUCAGUAUUAGAAAGACUUGAUUUAUCAAAUAAUAAGUUGGUGACUUUUGAAGCAGAUACAUUUGAACCUUUAUCUUCUCUGAGAAUUCUCUCUUUGAAGAAUAAUUCUAUACUGGAGAUACCGUCAGUUAAUUUAUUGACUGUAAUUCAUAUGGAAUUUUUAGAUUUAUCUGAAAAUUUAAUACAAAAAAUAUCAAAGCACGGUAUUCCGUACUUAAAGGAAUUAAGACAUUUAGAUUUGAAUAAUAAUAUAAUCGAAGAAAUCGAUCCACUUGGAUUACAUAACUUGCCAUCCUUGCGGCAUCUAGACUUAAGUGAUAACAAUAUGACUACAAUUCCUACAUCUGCACUGUCAAAGUUAUCCAAUUUAUCGCACUUGUACUUGAGUGGUAAUUUCUUCUAUAAUAUAACAUCACUGUCUUUCCAAAGUCUAUUUCAUUUAAAACAUUUACAUCUAAGUAGAAUAUUCAAUUUAGAGAGAAUAGAUGCUAGAGCUUUUGUUGAUAAUAUUAAUUUACAAAAGAUAUGGAUGAAUGAAAAUUUAAGAGUGAGAGAAGUGCCUCCAAGAUUAUUUCACGGAAAUCCUAAAUUGACUCAUAUUUAUAUGAAAAAUAAUGCUUUAGAAACACUCGAAGCAUCACAUUUUCCUAUCGACACAUUGCAAGAGCUGGAAAUUUCUGGCAAUCCAUUUGUAUGUAACUGCUCGCUCCUAUGGCUUUGGAAGCUUGGAAGAGAAUGUGAAAUCCGUAGCAAAAAGUCAGAAAAUACAAGCACUAUAUUGAAAAUUGAUUAUGAAAAUAUCAAAUGUGCUGCACCUAAUCACUUGAAGGGCAUUCACUUCGUCCAAAUCCCAGAAUCGGAAUUCGGCUGUUCCAGUGGUUGGGUGGUAGUUGCUAUUGUAGUAAUGACCAUUAGUAUCAUUACUAGCAUAGUUGGAGGAGUUUUGUACUUCAUGGGACCGUUAAAAAAGUGUAAAGGAAAUAAAUCAAAACAAGUGAUGACCAGCGUCAUGUUAAAUGGCGACGUUUCAAAGCUCGGCAAUGGGUUGGUGUAUACGACGCGUGGCAGAGAAGCUGAUAACAAAAGAGAAGUCGACAGGUAUCUAAUGAUUGGAUCGUCGGUUACGAAUAACUUCCAUUCUUUAAAUCCACCUUGGCAGAGCAUGGACAAGAAUCCUUAUUACCAAGAGGAUAGUGAAGAACACAUUUAUCAACAAUUUGCGUAUGAAACUAUUACUCCGCACAGGACCCCUGAAAAACCACAUAUAGUGUAUGUGUAACAUAAGGCUAUAGUGAUAAACGUUGUGAAUAACAUUAUAAGAUUAUUCAAACGUUUCACAAAAGACAAUUAAACACGGACGUGACUACGAGUACUAAAACUUGCAAUAAUGUAAAUAGUGAUAUGAAUUUGUAAGAUGUGAUAGCUUUGUAUAUAAAGAUGUAUAUAAGUUAAUUUUUAAUGUUUUCGAUUUUGUACUUAACUUGUUUAGAUAUUAUUAUUGUGAAUAUAUUUUUCGCUCGAUCCUUAAAUGUACAGUUAGAAUGUUAGCUGUUAUUGCGCUUUUACGUUGAUAUUUCGUCCGUUCCUCGCCUCAUCAUUUAAGUGAUGUUGUAUAUUUUUCUCCUAAACUUUUAUUCCUUCUUUAUUUACUCUGUAGUUCCUCCAAUAGUACAUAGCCAUUUAAAGUAUUGUAAUAAAUUAUAUUUAAAUCAUGUAAUUAAAUUGUAGCAAUACAUUAAUUAUAUUUUCUGAAAUAAAACACCAAUACUUUAUGAAAACUUUGUACAAAAAUGAGCAAUAUAGAAUACUUACUUCAUACUAUAAUAUAACGCGUUAACUUUUAUUAUUGAGAAUAUUGUUAAAGUAUACUAAUUGUAUUUAGGAAUGAAUUAUAAAGUAAUAAUUCGCUUAGAACAAUAAUAGCAUUGUCAGAAUCGUAUUCGGGAUAGAUUGGAAGUCAGAUGUAGGAGAGACACAAAAAUAACGUUACUGAAAUUUAUAAUGAUCAGUUUAUUUUCGUGCUGGAGUUUUAAAUAAUCUAACUUGAACAACUAACUCGAAUAACUAACGAGUCGAAUAAUUAACCGUCAGCUACCUAACUGCGCUGUAACUUUUUAGUUAUUUUGCGUUUACGCUGGCUGGUAAUUUUCAGAUUUUUUAGAAUGGGCAAAACAAUGCAUUAGUAUAUGAGAAAGCAAGACGUGAUUCUUUUUAUUUAUAUUGAUUUAUUGUACAAUCACAAUGACUUUAAAUACUAUCAAGUCUGGAUUCAGAAUACCUAAACGCAUAUAGUAAUCAAACAUGACACACUAUAAAUCGUCUGUAAAGGAGUCAUAGACGGACUACGAUACAACAGUACAGACUUUAGCAGUAUAUAGAAAAAAGUACUAGCAACCUUCGACCCUAUUUCAACUCUCUGACUUCUUAUCUAUCCCCAAUUGAUGUAAUAUUCAUGUAUAAUAUGCAAUAAACCAGUUGCUCUGAUGGUAAGGGGUACAAAACGAAGUUAGUACAUUAUUUAUUGGCUAUUUUUGUAGAUUAAUUUCAUGAUACCUUAACCAUUUUGUUAUUAAGAUGUUCUGGAAUCAAUAUUUUUAUACUUAUUAAUAUUAUACGGCCAAUUUAAAUGUUUAUUAACCGAAAUGAGAUUUAAUGAAAUUAGUGAUUAUUAUUGGAGAGAAUCUCUAAGGUGGCUAGGAAUAAAAAAAUUCUGUUAAAAUGAUUUCAUGAAAAUUUAGAAGCAUAUAUGAUGGCUUAAAUACGUUAUAUGCCCUUGCAAUAAUUUUAUACACGAUUUAUAUCAAAUACCUGUAAAACUCCCUUAUUGCCUAUCAUAACCCAGAUUAUAACUAAUCGAAUUAGCGCAUACAGUCAUAUGAUAGAAUAAGAAUAUUUAUACCUACCUUAAACUUUUGUUAUGAAACUUAUUUAAAUAUAUAACGCAUUGAAACAAACGACAAAUAAAC